AUGUUCGCUCUACGAGAUGCAGUUUACCUGAUUGAACUGGCAUUCUACGGGCCCAUCAUCCCUGCUAUCCUCUUCAUCAUUCUAUUCCAUGGCAAUAAACACCCUUACACAUGGCGGCCCAUCGUGAUCCCCCUCAUAAUUCUUUCCGGCUUGCGAAUCGCCGCAGCAGGACUCGGCCUAGCAGCGAUGAACCCCGCGAAAUCCAAUCUCCUAUCGACAGCCACCCUCCUAGACACAAUCGGCCUCGCACCUGUCCUGUGUCUUUUGAUAGGACUCUUGAUUCGAGCCAACGCCCCGGUAACCAAGGGUCUCCCUCUCUGGAUGUUCAUCCCGCUGCAUAUGAUCACUGUAGCUGCCACAGUGAUGACCGCAUACGGCGGCCGAGACCUCUACACAAGCCGGGAUGAUCAAGCGCAAGACCUCCGCUUGAUGCGCGCUGGCAUCGCCCUUUUCAUCGCCGUUUUUAUUGGGACCGUCCUUCUUUCCAUAACCAGUAUGCUCAAAGUCCAGAUGAAGGGCUACCGCACUGAGCGUGCGGCUGUUGUUUGUGCUUUGCUGUGUGUGCCCUUUAUGGCUGUCCGGUUGGCCUUCUCGGCUGGAUCGUUGAUUUCGGGGGAGAGGUCUGUCUUGAACCCGAUGUCGGAGGAUGAGACAAGUAUUUGGCUUCAUUUCUUCAUGGUCAUUGUUAUGGAGUAUAUAGUCACUCUCUCUGCCACGGCGAUUUCCUUGACCGCGAGGAAGGUGGUGGGUCAGACGGCGGAAGGGGCUGAUUCCCUCAAAGAUGAGGAGACUUGA